AUGGAUGGCGACCUCACUUCCAUGAAUUCAAUCACUGUGACUUUGCAGCAAUUGGCAAAGAUGAUCGAUCAUUCGCUCCUACACCCCACAAUGACUGAUGCGGACAUACUUGAGGGUCUCGCUAUUGCCAAGAAGUACGAUGUCGCCACGGCAUGCGUCAAACCAUACCUCAUUCCUCUCGCCAAGAAGGAGCUUGAAGGAUCGAGCGUCCAAGUAUGCCCAGUGAUUGGCUUCCCGCACGGCAAUAGCACCACAGAAGUCAAGGUGUUUGAAGCAGAUCGUGCCGCUGCUGCGGGCGGCCGUGAGAUCGACAUGGUUAUAAAUAUUGGGAGAGCGUUGGGCGGUGAUUGGGACUACGUUGCGCAAGAGAUUCGGCAGAUUAAUGAAACGGUCAUCAAGCACGGUGCUACACUCAAGGUUAUUUUCGAGAACGACUAUCUCGAGGAUGAGCAUAUCAUACGGCUCUGCGAAAUAUGCUCCGGGAUCGGCGUCGCAUUCGUCAAAACUUCCACGGGAUACGGUUUUGUUAAGCAGCCAAACGGGCUCUACUCAUACGCCGGAGCUACCAUUGACCACCUGAAGCUGAUGAGAAAAUACUGUAAAUCAGAGGUUCAAGUCAAAGCAGCUGGUGGAGUCCGGACAUUGGACGACUUGCUGCACGUUAUGUCGCUCGGCGUGACGCGAAUCGGAGCCACGGCAACAGUCGCCAUCAUGAAGGCGGCAGCUGAUAGGGGAAUAACUAAUAAGCCCACGACGGUCGAGUUCAAGCCUAUGGCUGAACAGCAGCUCGGAGGCUACUAG